UUCACCGCCGAGUCCUACAAGCAGCGUGGAUGUCACGACUGGAUCUACCUCACCACCCGAUCCUACAAGCAGUGUGGAUUCCGCGACUGAGUCGACCUCGAUCUCACCACCAGUCACGUCUAGUUCGCCAGCCGAUGAUUGCGACACGUCCUCUUGCAACGGCUGCAGCGGCGAGCAGUGCCAGAUCUGCUACGACUCCGCGGGCGUGGGCUGCUGCCUGGACGCGGCGUGCCAGGGCUGCUCCGGGGAGCAGUGCGACCUCUGCCACACCCCGGAGCUGCUACAGUCCUGCUGCGAGGGCAG